CAGCAGCAUGUUAAGGCUCAUUUCAGCACUCUCUUUCACUGUAGGCACAUGAACUGUUCGAUCAUGAGGUUUCUACACAUCCUGGGUUUCACCCUCUUGCUCUGCGGCCUGUGUGUGAGGGCAGAGGAGGAAACAGUUAAGGAAGCUGAGGACAGCUCUGAAGAAGAUACAGAACCAGAGAAACCAGAAAAGACUGAUGAAAUUACAGAAGAGAAAGAUGUUUUGGUCCUUCAUAGUGUCAACUUUGAUAGGGCUCUCAGUGAGAACAAGUACCUGCUUGUAGAAUUUUACGCUCCAUGGUGUGGUCACUGUCGCAGUCUGGAGCCCAUUUAUGCAGAAGUUGCUGGAUUACUGAAAAAUGAGUCAUCUGAAGCACGACUGGCCAAAGUGGAUGCGGCAGAAGAGAGAGACCUUGCAGCAGAGUUCAAUGUGAACAGCUUUCCCACACUUAAAUUCUUCAAAGAUGGCAACAGGCAAAAUGUCACUGAUUUUUCUGGAAAGAGAACGGUAAAAGGAAUCACAAGAUGGCUGGAGAGGCACACAGGGCCCAGUGCUACGGUUCUCAAUGAUGUGAAGAGUGUAAAGGCUCUGCUGGAUGCAAAUGAUGUGGUUGUGGUUGGAUUCUUCCAGGAUUUGGAAGGUGAUAAGGCAAAGACAUUCUAUGAUGUAACUUUAAUAGCAGUGGAUGUUAACUUCGGAAUCACAAGCAACCUAGAGCUCUUCAAGAAGUAUGACGUAAAAAGUGACUCAUUGGUGCUCUUCAAGAAGUUUGAUGAAAGGCGGGCAGACUUGCCACUCACCGAGGAAAGCAAGCUAGACAAAGGGGAGAUGAUUUCAUUUAUCCAAACCAACAGUAUGAAACUUGUCAUUCCAUUUAAUGAAGAGAAUGCUGAACAAAUUUUUAGCUCUAAGGUCCGUAAUCACAUGAUUCUAUUCAUUAAUACAACUGUGGAAUCCCAGAAUGCACUUCUAGAAGAUUUUAGAGAUGUUGCCAGUGAGUUUAAGGAAAAAGUGCUUUUCAUCACAUUAGAUGUUACGUCUGACAAAGUGGAUCAUGUGCUGAAGUAUUUCAGCGUCUCUGCAAAUGAUGCUCCUAUUAUUCGCCUGAUCAACACCAAGAAAGUGGUGACAUACACAAUGGAAGGAUCAACCAUCAACAAAGAUGCACUGAGAACAUUUUGCCAGGGUGUUCUGGAUGGUACUGUGAAGCCCUUUUUGAAGACUCAAGAAAUUCCAGAGGACUGGGACAAGAAUCCAGUUAAAGUCCUUGUUGGGAAGAACUUCAACAAAGUGGCUUUUGAUGAGACUAAGAAUGUCUUUGUGGAAUUCUAUGCUCCAUGGUGUGGUCACUGUCAGCAACUGGCUCCUAUAUGGGAUGAGUUGGGAGAGAAGUACAAAGACCAUGAGAACAUAGUCAUUGCGAAGAUGGAUGCUUCAGAAAAUGAUGUGGAAAAUGUCACUAUACCGGGAUUUCCUACCAUUAAAUACUUUUCAGCUGGGGCUGAAAAGAAGAUUGUUGACUAUAAUGGAAAUAGAGAUUUGGAGACUUUCUCAAAGUUCCUGGAUAAUGGAGGAGUGUUACCAGAAGAAGAGCGUAAAGAUGAUGAUGAUGAGGACGAAAGUGAUGAUGAGGACGAUGAUGAUGAUGAAGAUGAGGUGUCAGAUGAACAGAUAAAAGAGUCACCAAAAUCUGCCCAUGAAACCAGCAAGGAUGAGCUUUAAAAACACGACAUAAAUCAACUCAUUUGCACUCAGUCAGAUCAGUGUGAGAUUUAUGCCAAUGAGCCAAAUGCGUAUUCUCAGGUUAAUACAAUUUUUUCUGCACUGGACCAUUUCAACAAACUGCAUACCUGACUAAAUUGAAUAAAAACAAUUUAACAUGUUAAGGUUUGUAUUCAUGGCCCUGGUCUUUAAUUAAUUUCUGUGGUGUGAGAUCAGUUAGACACUAUCAGUACCAGUAUUUGGCUUCAGAGCAGUGUAUAGAUGAAUCUCACUAAAGUGUAAAGAACAUGCCUGGAUUGAAGCCUAAAUGAAGUCUAUUUUUAUGACCAUUAAGUUAAUCACAUUUUACAUCCAAAUUUCCAUUACUGUUAUGUCAGUCAGUCAAUCAAUCAAUCAAUCAAUCAAUCAAUCAAUCAAUCAAUCAAUCAAUCAAUCAAUCAGUUAAUUCAUAAAUAAAUGUCUACAUCAUGGUGGUGUUUUACUGCAUUUACAGUAUUCAGUUUUUACUGUAAUAAAAUGAAAAUACUGUAUUACUGUCA